AUGGAAUCAAUAGAUGAUGAUUUGAAUGAUUAUUUGGACAACCCAAUGAAUGUCCCACCAAUAUUUGAUAAUGAUUUAGUGUCAAGUUACCAAUCAAAUAAUAGAAAUCGGAACAUAAUUAAUAACAUAAAAUAUUGGUAUUAUAGAGGACGUAAUAGUUUAUUAAAUCAGAUCUCCACUUUCAAUCGUACAGGCCCGAUAUUGAAUGAUGUACCAUUAUACGAGCUAGAUGAAAAUGGAAACGGUUUAUUUAAUGAUGAUCUGGCUGACGAUGAUAUUGAAUGGAAUCGUCAUUAUAGAAGAGGUACAUGGAAUACUAAGAAAUUAAGUAAGAAUAUAAGUAAACUGAUUGCUAUUAUAUUGUUUGUUUGUAUUAGUGCAUUUCUUUUAAAAAAUGCAUUCAGCAAGGGGUCGAGGGAGAAUAGAGUUUAUAGCCAAAGGGUUCGCAAUAAAUUGAAUAAAUUUAAUCCAUUUCUUAAAUAUAAUAAUGGUACCUUGGACUUUAAUCCAAUAAACAUUAUUAUCUCUAUAAAUGGAUUACAAGGAGGUAUGAUUAAUAAGUACAAUUUCCCAUAUUUGAGUAAAGUCUUCCAAUUGAACUUAGAUGGGUUUAAUGUUACAAGUACUCCUUAUAUGGAAAGCAAUUUUCCAUUUGAAAGAAUUCCAAAUCUUUGGAGUAUGAUAACAGGUGAAAUACCAAUUAAACAUGGUAUGAUUAGUGAUGAAUUUUAUGAUGGUGAACUCAAUAAAGAAUUCUUAGGAAAUGAUAAAACACAUAAUUAUAAUGAUAUUGAUAUUUGGAGAAAUGAUAAAUAUAAUGACACCCAAAUACCGAUCUGGGAAUUAUUACAAAGAGAUUAUAAGUUUGAAUUCAAAGUAGGUAUCGUUGAUUGGCCCGGAUCUAAUCUUGACUAUACUGAAGAAGUUAAAUCAAAGUAUAUCCCCAAGCACAAAAAUAAAAAGAAGAAAGAUAAGACAUUUACCAAAGAAAUCUAUGAGGCAAAAGUGAAGAUGCCAUAUUAUAUGGGGGAUUCUGUCUCUAAGGAGAAAUCUAAGCAUGAUAAGAAAACAUUUUCUGAUAGUUUACACAAGAUAUUCAGUUAUAUUGAUAUGAAUAAGAUUGACACACGUCCUCAAAUGGUUUUAAGUUCAAUCAAUCCAUUCCAUGGAAUACCAUUUCAAAGUGAACUAUAUGAUUCUAAAUGUCAAGAUAUUGAUGAAUUUAUUAAAUUAUUAAUUGAAGGUAUUGAGACACGUCAAUUAAGUCAGUUUACUAAUAUACUGCUUGUUAGUGAUAGUAGUAUCAAGAGUGUUCAAUUUAAACAGAUUGCAAUUGAAGAUGGAAUUAUUUCAAAAGAUUUUAAAAAGAAGAAAAUAUCAAACAUGUAUUUAAAUGAAGAGGGGAACAUUUUAAAGAUUUAUCCACAAAAGAGUAAUCAAUUGAAUGAGAUUUAUCAAGAAAUCAAGACAAAUUUACUUUCUUUAAAUGAUUUUGAAGAUCAUGGUGAUGAUGAUAAUAAAGAUGAAAUGGCGGAAGAGAAAUUCAAUGUCGAAGAAUCAAUUGGUGCUAAUUAUAAGGUAUACUUGAAUAAUAAGUUCCCCAUCGAAUGGAACUUUAAUGUAAAGAAAGAUAACCAUCGUAUUGCACCCAUAUAUAUUGUUAGUGAACCUGGCUAUGGUAUGAUAAUGAAAUCCAAAAAAAUAUCUAAAUCUAAAUCCAAGAAUAAAAAUAAAAAUAAAAAUAAAAAUGAAAUCAAGAAAAACAGUAUUACUGAUCGUGGGUUAUUUAUUGGUAUUGGGCCAUAUUUCAACAAUGAGUAUGUUGAACCAUUUAACAAUAUUCAAAUGUAUGAUAUUAUGAAGGAAAUCAAUGGGAUUUAUGAUAAGGAUAAAGAACUGGAAAUUUUCAAACAUGUCUUGGUGCCAAUUAAUGGUAAUCAAUCCAAUACGAUUGAGAAUGAGUCUGAAAAUAAACAAUCUGGAUAUUUGUUUGUGGAUGAUUAUGAUUUAAUACGUCAUGACUACGGGGAAGGUAAUAUGUAUAAUCAUAUCUUUGCAGGAGAGACUGACGAAUAUUAUAAAUCUGUACCAGCUUUUGACGAUUUGGAGUUAAGUACGGAUAAUUCUGAGCAUGAAGAAGAGAAUGAUCAACACGAAGAACAUGAAGAAAAUGAAGAGACUGAUGAUUCAGAGAAUGAAGAUAACGUCAUUGAAAGUGAUGACGACAGUUCAAAAGGUAAGGGCGGAAGCAUAAGUGAAGAAGGCAAGAUAUAUUUGGAGGACACGAAAGCAUUAUUGGAGAACGCAACCUCGGCAGCAUCUGAGGCAAUCUCUGGGUUAGGACAAGCUAUAAGCGGGUUGGUACACGGUAUCCUAGGCAGUCAAGAAGAUGCAAAUGGCAAAGAUAGUAAUAGCAACACAGGAGAAGGAAACUCUGGAACUUCCGAGUCGGGUAACGACAAGGAAAGAACCGAUAAUGAUAAUAAAGAGCCUGUAAAUAUGGACACUCUCAAAGAUAAACUCACAGAUCUGAUCGACAACGUCUUGGGCAAUAUCCAUAACUAG